CGUGUUCAACUAUGGCGGCAAGAAGAAAUAAACAAAUGCUGCCGUAUAUUUGAAAAUCGGCACGGACACGACUCAUGCAUGACAAGAAUCCUUAUAUUUGCAGAUGACAAUGUUUAGUGUAAAAUCGGAGUUUCAAAAGACAGGGAUGGGAACAAAGUCACUGUCCCCACCCAGUGGAACUUGAAAGAUUUUGUGUGAACAAAAUUUGGAAGAAUGUCUCACCAGUCCGAGAGAGAGCGGCUGAGGAAGGCUGUCCUGGACGUCCUCAGGGACAAUCCACGUGGAAUUAAGAGAGAGCAUUUGUGGAAUUUCACCGCCAAAAAACUUGGAAAGUCACCAAAAGCAAGUGACUAUGGGGUUGGUAAAAUGUCGCAGAUGUUUCCCUUCGUACAACACCUCUACCUGGAAUUCAAGGAAGGGAAAGAUAUCUUCAUCAAACUGAAACCUGUUGGAGCAGAUGCUGAGGUCAUAUCUAGUGAUGAAGAUGACUUUCCAUCUUUGCUGUUGCAUAGUCAAUCAACUAAAGCUAAGCCAAAUAAAUCAACAUCACGAGACACCAAGGGCUCAUCGAGAAAUACCCCCAAACAAGGUACAUCAUCGGAUUCCUUCUUAUCCCUGGAAGUGUCUGGGUCCAGCUGGGCGUCCGAGAGUCACUCCAGGGAGGAAAUGUUGGAGGAGCUGAAAGAUCAACUUGUGAAACUGUUGAAAAAGAAGGGAAGGGUUCAGAAAAUGCAGUUAUGGGGACAUUUUCAGCGAGAAUAUCAUGUUACUCCAAAAGGCUCAGAAUAUGGUGUAAACAAAAUGGCUGAUGUGAUUCAACAGUUCACAGAUGUUAUUGAAGAGCGACGGAUUGAUGGUGAAAAUUAUUUACAGCUCAGGCAAACGAGACCGAAAGUUAAAGACACCAACCUGACAUGGGGCCAGGGUGCAAGAGCCAAGUCAACGCCUGUAGUUGGCAGGACAUCCCAGCAGAGAACAGCACCAGGAAUCGGCAGGACAUCCCAGCAAACAAUCGUGACAUCUUCUGAUGAUUCUUCAGACACUGACAGUGAUUGUGUAGUAGAUGAAAAAAAAACAUUUGUAAGCUCAAAACUGCAUGGAAAGUCUGAAACAGAUUUUAAGGAUGAGUUUAAAGCUGGAACAGCAGAUACAGUCAAGCAGGAUGCGGGGGAAUCUUCUUGGUCAGCCGUUACAAGUGCAGCCUGGUUCCCGCACUCAGGCCAUAAGGCCACCACAACCAAUCCAGCCUCUCAUGCAAGGAGCCUUUGCCUUCUUCCAACCUGUAGUUCCAGCUCCGCUCCACCAACGGAUGGCUCCUGCACAUCAUCAUCAGAUGAGUCCACCUGUUGCUGCUGCUGCACAGGGCAUGUCCAGGCAUCCAGCUCCUCACACCUCCAGGUCCAGUUCCGGAGAGAUGAAGAUUCUUUGGCGAAGACAGGGCUCUGCAGCACGAUCUCCAAAGCCCGGACAUCAGCCAGACUUGAGAGGAGAGAGAUCAAUGUUGCUCCAGUUCCUUACAGUAGAGGUCUGCCAUCAAAGGAUCAGAUUGACGCUGUUGCCAAAGAUUGUAUUACAAUCCUAGCUGACGCCAAUGAGCACGCGUCAGUUGAGAGGAUUGAGAAGCUGCUUUGCCAGCGGUUCAAUAUCAGGUCGAUUCGUGACCUUGGUUGUGUUCGCCAUGUGGACCAGAUCAGUACUGUCAAUGAACAUGCUCGCCUCCUUUGUAAAGUGAACAUAUACGUUCAAGCUUUUGUCAAAGCAAGAUCUGUCUGCACUAUGUUUGAACUAUCAGAGUGUCUGAGGGAAUUCACCAAAGACCGGGAUGACUUCGAGUCCCUGAAGCUUGGCCCCCUGCAACGCCUACCAGUCGUGUACGACAUGUUCAAGUUCCCGUGUGAUGAGGAGAUCCCUGAAAUAACCACCAUGGACCUGCUGGAGCACCUGCGUGACUACCUGUCGAAGAACAACAAGUGGAUGGAGCGUGUGGAGAUGGAGCCGGUGAUGAGCUACAUGGUGGAGGCCUACAGCUCCGACACUGCGUACCAGCUCGGCAUCAGAAUACGCAGCCUGCCCCUGGCUGUGCAGAUGUUGAAGAAGUCGCAGCGUGACGCAGCCAAUACCAGGCGGACUGUGACAGAAUCCUUCAAGGACAGCUUCAAGAAGGAACUGGCAGCAGCAUUCAAGAAGUUCCAGGCUGCCAUUCUUCAAACAGGAGAGGAUGGAGAGUCCGAGGUCCGCUCCCACUAUCUCCGACUCAAACCUGAAAUAGCCAUCAUGGAGAUGUUCCAGAAGUUUCAACUGUUGCUGUCCAUCGACCAGCCAGAGAACAGGGCUCAGAUGAAGCGACAUCGCCAACUGGAGUCGGCCAUCAAUGGUUUCCUGUUGACAAUGCGUGACGACCAAAUGGCAUGCUCUCUACUUCAUCUUGCGAUAUGUAUCGGAAACACGACACUAGAGGAGUCCGCCAUGGAACUAUUUGCGCCUCCAUCUCCUCCAAGUCAGGAGAAUGCAGCAAGGGAAAGCAACUCUGCCCCAAGACAGCCACCAUCAAAUGCUGCUGUGUUGGACAACUUGAAGAAGUACAUCGAACGCUGCCUGGCUCAGGGUUCCCUGAGUCUUGCUCAUCUUGAUCGGAUCGAGGAGAAGCUCCUCGAAGAUUUUGGAUAUCCUGAUUUCAGGAUGAUGGGCUUUGGCCGAUUCCUCCACUUUCUGAUGACAGAUCCAACUGCUAAAGCUAGGUGGUGGACAUGGCAGAGCCCCUGGCCUGGGAGUCACUGGGACAUGGUGUUCCUGCCCCAGCUCGGCAAACUGAAAGACUUCAUCCACAAGUAUGGUGGCAUCACGUCUCUCAUGACAGAAGGUGGCACUAAGAAGGUCACAACUGAUGUCGCUUGCCAUGGAGACCCAUCAGACACCAGGUGGACCCCCACAGGCUCGAUCGGUCCCAACCCGGCAGUCAUGUUUGUCAUGGAGUGUCUGGUGAAGCUGCCACUCAGACUGUCUGUUGCCCUUGCCAACCAGAUCUUCCUGGAACCGCUGGGUCAGGUCGUCGGUACCACUAAGUCCAAAUUACUUCUAUUGUCGGCUUGUCACAAUGACAGUCGGAGGGUCCAGCAGCUGGAGAAGCUGGGAUGUCUUCUGGGGGUCCAGGAGUGGACGGUCACUCUCACCAACAAGUGUCUGCCACCCCCAGAUGCCAUCACGGAAGUCUUCUCGGCUGCCGACAUCAAGGACCUGAGGGAGCAAGGGGAGGAGCUGAUUGUGGAGAGUGAGUCAGAGGAAGAGUCUGAGUCAGAGGAAGAGUCAGACGACCUGGACUCCAUCUUGUCUGAUGACGACCAGGAGGAGCCAGCUGCCAGGAAGAACACAGAGGAGGGGAGCACGGUCAGGACGGACCUGGAGGUGAAGCUCGGGGAGGAGGCGGUCAUGAUGGAUGGUGGCAGGGAAGACAAGAAGAAGGGAAGCUCCUCAGAUUCAUCAGAUGAGGAAGAAGAAGAGGAUAAGCUGGAGGAAGAGCAGACAGCAGAAAAUGACAAGGAACCAAAGUUGAACAAAUACCAGCUGAUUAUUGAGCAAAUCCGACGCGAGGAGUUCGGCAUCGGUGUGGAACUGAACGAAGAUGGACAGCGGCUGAUGAGGGUGCAGCAGGAGCGUCUAGGGCGGAGUUUGGACCGACUGUCUCGGGAUCUGUACAGCAAGGACACGCACUUUGUGCUGGAGCUGGUGCAGAACGCAGAUGACAAUGCCUACCCAGACAACAUCCAGAACAAUGAGAACGAUGAGUGUCCCUCGGUGAAGUUUCGAAUUGACUCCGAUGGGGUGAUGGUCCAGAACAAUGAGAAUGGUUUUCGAGAGAAAGAUAUCCGAGCUCUCUGUGACGUGGGCAGGAGCACCAAGGGAAAACACAAGUUUGGGUACAUCGGACAGAAAGGAAUUGGCUUCAAAUCAGUGUUCCGGGUAACAGAUUGCCCUCAUGUUCACUCCAAUGGCUUCCACAUUAAGUUUGAUGUGAAGAGCGGACCCACUGGCUACAUCCUGCCUCACUGGGUGGACGAAGAACACGCUCAGGAUAAAGGCUGGACUACUCACAUCUAUCUGCCUCUGAAGGAAGAGAUGAGUCUGCAGACAAGGUCACUCGCUGCCAGGUUCAAUGACAUCCACCCGUCCCUGCUGCUGUUCCUGCAUCGACUAAGGCAGAUAACCCUGGAGAACUUGAUUGAAUGCAAUGUCGUGACGAUGCGGCGUCGGGAUCUCGGGGAAGGUGUCAUCGAGAUCGACCAUGGAACCAAGGUUGACAGAUGGCUGGUUAUUAGGAAGCUGUUGGAUGCAUCGUCCAUCUCAGUACAGGCCAAGUCUGGUGUAGACGUGGAGUCCACUGAGAUAGCUCUUGCAUUCCCUCUCAACCACAAGGAUCAGAAGGUGAACGUUCAUGUCCUCCCAAACAAGCAGCCCGUCUUUGCCUUCCUGCCCCUUCGUAGCUACGGCUUCAGGUUCAUCAUUCAAGGUGACUUUGAUGUGCCAUCCAGUCGUGAGGACGUUGAUCGUGACAGUCCAUGGAACCAGUGGUUGAGAAAUGAAAUCCACACCCUGUUCAUCGAGGCGCUGCAUGUCUUCAAGUCUCACCCAGACUUCAGCAACAUGGAAGCACUUGCUGCCUACCUUCAGUUUGUGCCCAUGGAGGAUGAAAUUCUUGACUUCUUCCGUCCCGUCGCCACCCAGAUCCUGGGGAAACUCCGGGCUAAGGAGUGCCUGCCUGUACAGACCAGCAAGAAAGGAUCUGUACAAUUGAAGAUCCCGUCCCAGACAGUGAUUGUGCGCGACACCCUUGUGAAGGAAGUUAUCUCCCCUGACCUACUACAGAAGAAUCUGAACCUCUACUAUCUGCACGCUGAUGUGGCCAUGACUUUAACCCCUGCCCUGGCUCAGAGCCUCGGUGUGGAAAGCAUCACUGUCGACCAUCUGCUGCAGAUCGGCAAGUCUCUGGCGCUCUCAUGGGAUACUCAAACGAUUGACAGUGCAGAGAAGGUGGUGACGGUGGCGAAGUGGCUCGCCUGUGUGUAUCGUAGUCUGGACGAAUUCCAGGAGAAUGACCAGGUGUUUCAAAACCUCAAAACAACCCGCAUCAUCCCCCUGUCCACUGGUCAGCUGGUGUGUCUAGCUGAGGUGACCGUGUUCUUGCCACCUGUUGACUCAAAACAAACAUCACAAACUCCGCAGUUCGGCAGAAGAGAUCCCUUAUCGGAGUUGCACCGUGACCUCUGCAUGGUGCACCCUGGACUCGUCACGACAUCUGACAAUGAGGUCAACUCUCAGGUCCAGAAAAUUCUCCAGCGUGUGGGAGUGAAGCAGUUGUCUCCCCGUGAUAUCAUUCACCAUCAUAUAUUGCCAACUCUCAAGUCUGAGGCAUGGCAGACCAAGUCCCGAGAUAUCCUCAUCAGUUACCUACUCUUCAUCAAGUCCCAGAGCGAGCUGCAGCCAUCAUUGAUCAACAUGGCGGAACUGAAAUCUGUGGCCCGUGUUGUCACCAACUCCGGCCUGAAGAAGCCAGCAGAUGAGGCUGUGCACUUCACACCAGCCUACGGGAACAAGAUUGAUCUGCAGCAACAGUUGCGAGGCUAUGACUGGGUGCUGCUGGAUGCUGUCUACCUGAACCAGGCUGUGAGUCCACAUGAUGUCCGCCAGUGGCAUGACUUCUUCCUGCAGCUUGGUGUCACAGACUUCCUCAACAUCACAGUCACAGAUGUGCACCUUGACCGGGAGUCCAUGAUGGACACAGCUUGGGCUCCUCUCCGAGACAUGUGGCCUGAAUCCAGCACCGGGUACUACAUUGCAGACUUCUCAUGUCAGGAAUUUACUGAUUUGGUCACCGACAACAAGUGCCCGGAUCUCCACAAGGAACAGAUGAAGACAUUGUUUGAAAUCCUUGACAGAGACUGGAAUGCCAAAUACUCCAAGUACCAGAAUGUUCAGGUGAAAGAUGGUAAUGGUCAAGUUCUGCGAGAGGCAGAGUCCUCUUUCUGCAUGAACUUGACGACUCUGAACUGGAUUCCGGGAUUACAGCUGUCCUUGGAACAGAUCCCAGGGUCUGGGCUGCGGAUGCAGGAGCAGGUGGUCCUCAUGCAGCCGUCCCUGCUCUAUGUGCGGGCUCCCAAGCUGCAGCAGAUCCUUGGCCACACUGUGUACUACCUGGCAGUCACAGCCAGCCCACAGAGCUCCUUCACCAAGUACCUGCGUAUCAAGAACACUGUAGAAAUCUCCACGGUCAAGGACAUGCUAAUUGAGUGGGGCAAGCGAGACGAAGGUUCUGACAGUCCAAGGAAGUUCCGGUCGUGUCUGGCUCACCUGAAAGCUGUCUACCGCUAUCUUGGUGACAACCUUGGUGGCAAGGACCAUCAGGAUCUGUAUCACGACAACCCUGUGAUCUUCGUGCCGGAGGCCAGGGAUCAGGAUGGCAAUGAUCAGAACUUCCUUGAGGGAAUGAUGCUGAACCGUGCUGAAGUCUGGUGGACAGAUCGAUCUGGUCUCUUCCACAGAUACCAUGACCUGUUGGUUGACUAUCACUCAGAUCUUGCCAAAAGGUACUUUAUAUGCCAUCUCUACGCAGAUUUAGAAGAUCAGUUUAUGAGGGGUGCCAGAAUUGAGGUGGGUCCAUGUCUGAAGGACUUUGCGGACCUCCUCCUUCUUAUGGCAACUGUGAAUUCACCAAGUAACAGGGUUGUGUUCUCAGACACUUUGACCAUAUUUGCCUUCAUAGGAAAAAAGGCAUUCAGAGUCAAGCAUGAACAAGCAUCGUCAGGGGAACUACCGCUCGUGAAGCAAGAGGUUGAAGGGGCGAUUAAGAAACUGAAAAAACAGAAGAUAUUUCCUACCAAGAAGGAUAUUUGGGUGAGUGUAGAUGAUAACCCAAUGAUAGCUGACAGUCAAGAACUAGAGAAGAUGUUUGCUGAGGAGAAGAAUGUCCAUUUUCUGAAGCUGGAGGAACCGCGGAACCCUGGCAGUAGGAAGAUGAAGAUUAAGUAUGGCAGAGAUCAGCCAAAACAUGACCCUGAUGCCAUCUCAGCAUUUGUGGGACUGUUCAAGAUAGCGACGUUGAGUUCAUGUGUGCACGCGGAGGAGAUCACGGAGAUGAUGGCGCAGUGUCCGCAGCUGCAGUGGUACGCCCACCAGGUGGUGCCCCACAUACAGGCUUACCUGUACUACUACCAAGAGGACGUCUACAAGGACCUAGUGGAACAGAGAGAUGUUGUCAGCAAGCUCAAGAUUAUCAGCUUCAACCAGGUGAGCAAGCUGCAGGUGAUCUACACAUUGACCAAUAACCCUGAACCACGUGUGAUCCGCCCCGAGAGGUGUAUCCAGACCGGGAACCAGUUCUUCUUCCAGACCAGUCAGGUUGACUCACACGCAGAUGUCAAUCGUGAGAUUGCCAAGUACUUCUCCUGUGGAGACGAAGAGUGUCUCAAGUACUUGAGGGACAUUCUCCGAGAUCUGAGGCCUGUCCUGGAUCAUCCUGAAGGCAUCAAGGAAGUGCUGGAACAGUAUGAGGUGGACCCUCUGCCAGAAGACGAGGCGGUGUGGGAGGUGACACCACCUAUCAUUCCAGACCCAAUCCGACCACCCAGUAGACAGGAAGCUGUUGAGCGACCAAGUGAUGGUAAAAUGUGGCCUCCUCCCAGGCCUCCAGAAUAUCAUCAGCAGGUUCGUGACCUUCCGUCCAACAUCAAGGUCAUUCGUCAAUCUGAUGCUUCGCAGUCAGAGACAUCAAGCAAUAGAGGCGAAGAUGGGCAGACCACUAAGCUGAAGACAGGGGAGACAAUCCUAAUAAAGGAAGGAGGGGGAACCAGUGCUAAACGAGAUGUCCGAGAAGGACAGACAGGUGGAGAGAGUGUUAGAAGGGAGAUAAGUCGCGAGGAUGGAGGUAUUCAUGUGGUUACUUCAUCAGGGUCGGUGAAACGUAAACUGUCAGAUCACGAGGUCUCCAUGGAAGCCAAGAGACCAUCUCCAGUCGGGGCUACAAGUCCCCACAACAUGAGCCAAGAAGAGGCCGAUGCAGACUCUAAGGACAGACCUUCCGAGUCUCCCACUGCAGACCAAGAGCAGACAACCCCAGGAAGUAAACGCCGACACCAGCACAGUGAGAGUGAGGUGGCCUCAAGCCCAAAGAAACCUGUCUUCUUUAAACCUGGUGACCCGACGUGGAGUGAGUCUGCCAGUGAGUUGGUGUACGAGGAACUGGUGCCUGGUGAUGACCUCCAGAUGCCCGACGCCCUUGUCUUGGAGGAGGACCGGACGGACAUGUCUGCCGUUGGCCGUUGGGGAGAGACACUGGUCCAUAAUUAUCUUCUCCAACAGAUGACGCUCAACAAGGACAUUGUGGAUGUCCGAUGGGUGAAUGAAACAGAAGAAUCAGGAUUGCCAUAUGACUUUGAAAUAACUUGUCUGGAUGAUGAAAGUCCUGAAUCCCGAUCAGUGUACAUCGAGGUAAAGAGUACUCUGAAGGAUGAGAAGAAACACUUCGACAUUUCUUCCCGGGAGGUCAACUUUGCACAUGCUCAGAAGGAGCAGUAUCAGAUUUACCGGGUGUUCAAUACAGGCAACUCACAGAAUGUGAAGCUUCUCCGUAUCGACAACAUCGCCCUCAAGAUGGACCAAGGCAGACUGAAACUCUUCAUGUACAUCUAAACUUUGAUGUGUCAUUCAUGUAGAUCUAAACUUUGAUGUGUCAUUCAUGUAUAUAUAAACUUUGAUGUGUUAUUCAUGUAGAUCUAAACAUGUGUCAUUCAUGCACAUCUAAACUUUGAUGUGUUAUUCAUGUAGAUCUAGGGCAGUGGGGUAGCCUAGUGCUUAGAGCGUUGGCUCGUCACGCCGAAGGCCCGGGUUCGAUUCCCCACAUGGGCACAAUGUGUUAAGCCCAUUUCUGGUGUCCCCUGCCGUGAUAUUGCUGGAAUAUUGCUAA